GUUUCCAAAAUGAAUAUAAUUUGAUUUAUCGCAGUUUUCUUUAGCUCUUCGAUAUAUAAAAACACAAACACCAAAAGUGCUCUUGAGCUGUACGGUUAAGUUAAGAGAAAAUUGAGAAGAUGAACUUUAUUAAGAGUUUUUAGUGUCUCGUGUGUCCAGUUUGUUUCCAUAUCAAUGGUUGUGUAAGCUAACUCGAACGGAAGGUAUCUGCUAUGCGCGAGCCUUUAGAUAUGAGCUGUACUGAUCAUUAUGUGGAUUAAUCUACUUUAAGUAGUUAAAGCGUUCUCGCUUCGCCUUUUUCCGAACUUUAACUCAGAGGUGAGUUUGUUUGGAGUCCGCACUCGUGACAUCGGACAAAUGAGAGGAAGAGGGCACUCGUCAUCGUCAGGUUCUCAGAAGAAGACCAGGAUGGCUCUGAGGAAGCAAGUGAUCCAGGAUUCUGGUGACAGUCCCUCUGGAGAACAACAGAUUGACGAAAACACACAGGAGGACAAAGCUCUCGACGAUGGAGACGACAACGACGAGCUCUCAUCAUCACUUCUGCCACCUGUAACACUCAGAGGAAAACGCAGAAGGGAGAGGGAAAACAAAUCCAAACCCAAAGAGAUGACGGAGGAGGAAAUGAUGGACUUGGCCCUGCGUCUCAGCGAACAGGAAGCCAGUAUAACUGCACUCAGGCAGCAGAGGGAGGAAGAGGCCAUGAUCAAAGCCAUCCAGGAGAGUAUGGUCAGUCAGACACACCCUGACACUGAAGCAUCACUCAGGAUCUCCUCUCGACGGAAACUCUCGUACCCAAACGGAAAGCCUGCGUCUCCCGUCGAUCAGGGAGCAUCACAGGACGUCUGCACAGCAGAGACACUCCUGACCCGAGGAGCAAAAAGAGGUGGAAAUGAAAGCAAGAGGAACAAAAAACGGAAAAGGACUGAAGGAAGUCCUCUGCUGGAAAUGCCAGACUUGUCCCAGACUCAGAAGAUCUACUCUCAGGCGUCAUCCUCCAGCUCAGAGGUCCUGGACCUGCCGCUGGACUCACCGCAGAGCUCUGACUCGACGCAGAUUGACGACUGUCAGCUCUGUAAAUCCCCCGUCUUCCCCUCAACUGGCUGCAGAGCUGAAGUUCAGUUAUCCCGGCUGAGCCAGAACCUGCUGCAGGCCUGCAGAACCUCAGGGUUUGUGUGGUGCUCUCAGGACAGCUUGGCUUCGCCUCAAAAGUCUUUACCUGCUCAACCCAAGAGCCCAACAUUUCCCAAAAGCUCCUGUAACUUCACUUUGUCCAAGCACACAGCAUCUCCUAAAAGUCCUGUCUUCUCAGAGACUGAUCAGGGAGACGAUGGGGAGACAGAGCUGGAUCAAGAGUAUUUUAAAAGUCCAGUGUUUGGCAGGAAUACUCAGAAAGAUCAGCCUCCAAGUGCCUGUAACCCCCAAGUCUGUAACUCAGGGUUCACAUUCUCUCCUCAGGAGAGUUUAACCUCCUCUGUGAGGUCCACGUCCUGUCGGUCUCAGAGCCCAGUAUUCCCAGGAAGUCCCGCACCCCACCCAGAGAGAUCAGCAACCUGCAAGGUUCCUAAAUUCUCAGAGACGGACGGAGAACAGACUGGGCAGAGUCACAGUCGCUGUAUAAGUCCAGCGUUUGGCAGGACCGGACGACGACAGGAGAUUCGUCUCGAUGUGCAGAAAUGCUCAGAGUCUGUGAGUCCUUGUCCUGUUACCCAAAGUCCUUCUCAGAGUCUGAGGCUAGACGGCGAGACUGAUCACCAUCAAGACAUUAGGUCUAACGAGCCGUCCAAGUCGGAUGAUGCAAAGGAGCUGAAGAAAAUGUCCAAAGACCGGGACUCGUGCGAGGUGGAGCUGAGCAGUGAUAUGGUUCUACUUUGGUCGGACGAGGAUGACGGCAUCACGCCGGUGGGCUCACCCAGCCCGGUCUUCCCAGAGGAGAGACCUGUUCAUCAGGCAGACGACCAGCCCGCCCCCCUGAACCACCUGACGUCCCGCAGACCAUCUGCCUCUACGUCCAGCAGCAGCCGACAGCAGCCUCCCACCACGGGGCCACAGCCAAUCAGCAUUGAGGAAACGGUCGGUGCUGCGUUGGCCCCGUCUGGGGAGCCUGUGGGUGCCUCGACAGUGCAUUACUACUGGGGGGUUCCCUUCUGCCCACGAGGCCUGGACCCAGACAGCUACACACAGGUGAUCCUGGCGCAGAUGGAGGUGUACGAGAAGAGUCUGAAGCAGGCCCAGAGGGGUCUGCUGCAGAAGGCCGAGUGGGGGGAGGCCAUCCUGCCACAGCCUGAGAAAUCUCCAUCUCCAUCUGAUUCACCUGUGGAAUCACCUCAACAGCUUCCUCAAAGGCGUGGCGUCAGACUGAGAAGUAAGCGACUGUGUGACGCUGCUGAUACUCCCCCAGCUGAGCAAGAGGUGGAAGAAGACAACAAGGGUGAAGAGGAGCAAAGAGAGAGCAAAGACGAAGACAAGCAGAUGGAGGGAGGAGGAGAGGUGGAUGCUGAUGACUGUGAGGUUUGUCCAGAGACUCAGCUGAGUGAGGAUGACGACAGGACGCAGGAUCUGAUGUUGUACACCGACUCUGCUGCGGAGCUGCGACCUAAAGGCCCUGAGCUGCCUGAGGUCGAGAUGAUUCUGCAGGACGAGUCUCCAGCCGAGGACGAGCCUCAGGAGGAGGAGGAGAUGGAGGUGGAGCUGGACGCUCCAGUGGACAUACAGAUGAAGGGAAACAUCCCUGUUAGAAGCAGCGAUGUUGGUGGACAACAUGAGAGACAGGAGGAGGUAGAGGAGGGCAUCGAGGAUCCAGACGUGGAGGAGAAAAGGGAUCAAGGGCUUCAAAGUUCAACGGCUCCUGAACUGGAACCAGCCGUCGUCCCUCAAAUGCUUAAAAGCAGUGUGGACUGUCCCAUCUGUCAGGGAUCCUUUCCUGUGACGGAGAUCGAGAUGCACGCUGCGUACUGCGAUGGAGAGGUGGCCAUCACGGACGAGAGGAGGCCCGACUCCUGCCGCUCCCAAGCGUCAUUGAAGUCACGUAGGAAGAGAAUAAGGAGAGCAGAAGGGGCUGCUGAAGAGAAGAACGACUUCUCCAACUCGGUCAAGUACCAAGAGAAAUGUUUCAUCUGUCAGAAGGCAGUUCCUCUGAGAGACUACAGCAGACACACAGAGCUUUGCAUCCAGCGGCAGACAUCCAAGACUGCAGCAAAGGGAAAUCUGCUGUCAGCCCUGCAGAAAACAGAGAGCAGAGAUUCAGAUGAGAUCUUCACCUCAGAUGCCCGGCCUUCUGGAUCCAAACACCAGCCAGGAGAGAUCAUUGAUCUGCGGGAUGAUGAUGAGGAGGAGGAGGAGGAAGAAGGAGCUGUUUCAGCCAUCAGGAUCAGCAACUCUCCCAUCAGAUCCUUCACUCCCAUCUCUGAGGCCACCGACUGCCUUAUCGACUUCAAGAAGCAAAAUCGGCCCAAGAAGCCGAGCCAGAGGCGACGAUGAUGAAGAAGAGGAGGUGGGUGGUACUGACUGGAACUACUGAAAACCAGAGCCUUAACUAAACACCUGAAGAGUCAUCAGGUUGGACGUGACAUCGGGAUCAGAAAAGGCUCCUGAUGUUCAGAAUGUGUCAUGUAUUCAAAAGAGGCCGGGCUCUGUGACUCUAUCUGUGCCACUAAAUGUUUCCAUUUGUUGAUGUUGAAGGUGUUUCAGACUACCUCUUCGUGUAUUGAAACUUUUCCUUUUUGUUACUACAGCUUUGGGUUACUGUCUAACGGUAUCAUUUUGCUCCAUUGGUAAUACCCUGCACUGUGUCUCAGAUUGUACAUGACAUCCAUGCAAACAACAUUUCACUGGCCUUGUGGAAAAUGCAUCUUGCCUUAUAUGAGAUAAGAAAUAAGGGAAGUGAAUUGUUGUUUGUCGCCGUGCUGAUGGAGAUCAUCCACGUCUUUGGUCUGAAGUAUGUCAGCAACUAUUGGAUGGACUUCCAUGAUUUGUCCAUCCCAUAGUUGUUGACAUACUUCGUCUGCAAGAUGAAUCCCACUGACGUUUGCGAUCCUCCGAUAUUUUUCUUUAGUGCCACCCACUGACUGUUCAUAAAGAUGGACAACAUGAGAGCUCCCCAAAAGUUGUCCCCUUGUCCCCCGCUGUUAGCAGAUGGAACAUGAGGCAAACUAAAAACCAAGGCAAGGUGGCAGCACUUGUAUCCACGCUGUUAUGGCUUCACUUUUGUACAGCGAGAGGAAGUGGAGCCGCAUCAUCCAUCUUCACGUAUGUCAACGCGUUUAUGACAAGAAAAGGCAAAAGCUAAGGAUUGAAUUCAGCCUCAUACGCAGCUGAGACUCAGUACAGCCGACUUACUGAGAAUACAUCCACAGAAUAAACGUUUCUUGGAGCUAAAAGUAGCAAAACGUUAUGGUUUUUAGUGAACUAAGUUAUUUCAACUGUCCAGCUGUUUUUUGUUUAUGAUGAGGUGCUGCUCACGAGCUCUUACAAAUGAGGAAAAAUGUUUCUGGAUUGACGACCCACUGAUGAGCCCUCACAGCAUUUCUUUGAAAUAGGAGCUAAAAUAAUAAUCUGUGUAUUAAGGUCUAAUUGAAUCACAGUCUUCUUUUUUGUCUGUUUUCCCGCUAAAUGUUAGCAUUUUUUAGCACAUAACUGGGAAUCAAAACUAUUUUCUGUUAAGAUCCUUUAGCGCCGCAUCAUCUAUUCCUACUACGACUCCGGCAUUUGUGGAGGGAAGCGCAAUGCAUUUAAAGCCUGAAAUCUCAGAAUUUCCCCUUUAAGAUCAUAAACUGCCUUUUCAGGGUUUUUCACAGCAGCAUCAUGACACAGUGUUUUGUCCAGCUGCAAGUGAACGUAGCCUUAAUGCGUUUUCUGCCACGAUCAAAUUUGCACUUCAGCAGCCUAAAAGUGUCCUCGCUUUCCUGUCGGAUUUGCUCGUCUCAGCUCAGAACAGUUAGCUUUCAUGCUUUCUCGUCACUGUGGACCAUUUUUAUCACCUAAAGUAUUUCCUGUAGAGCUGAUGGAGAUGCAAUGUGUCCUUUCCUCUGUUUCUGACUGUAUGGUCACAGUGUCAGCCUUGAAUACUGUAUCAGCACUUUAGAGUUAAAUUUGCUUAUUGUUGUGUCAAAACAGAAGUAAAGUCUUUGUAAUACACUGAA